AUGGCGGUGGGUACCCGCAAACACGUCGUGGUUGUCGGCCUGGGAAUGGUCGGCAUCAGCUUCAUCGAGAAACUGCUGAAACUAGACGCAAGGACACGCGAGUACAACAUCACAGUGGUCGGCGAGGAAAAGCACGUGGCCUACAACCGCGUGGGCUUAACCACCUUUUUCGAGCACCGCCAAGUUGAGAAGCUAUACCUAAACCCCUUAGAAUGGUACGAGAGCGUCUCCGAUGGAGCACUAAACUACCACAUCAACACAAAAGUCACCCACAUCAACCCCACCUCCAAAACAAUAUCCUGCGCUAACGGCACGCAACUCAUUUACGACAUCCUCGUCCUCGCGACCGGCUCCGACGCCGUCCUCCCCCGCAGUACCCCCAAUUACGACGCCACGGGGGUAUUUGUCUACCGUACCGUAGAAGACCUCGAGAAACUGAUCGCCUUCUCGGCCGAGCGGAAAGACUCGGUAGGCGCUGUCGUCGGCGGCGGCCUGCUGGGUCUGGAAGCCGCCAAGGCACUGAUGGAUCUGCAGUGCUACAGUAGCGUCAAAGUGGUGGAGCGUAACGGGUGGGUGCUCAGUCGGCAGCUGGACGCGGCGGCCGGGGGGAUGGUGGUUGAUCAGGUGCGGGAGUUGGGGGUUGAUGUGUUGUUGAAGACGGCCGUUGCGGAGAUACAGGUGGAUGAAGACCGGAAUGUGACGGGGGUGGUUUUCAAGGAUGGCCGGUCCAUGGCGUGCUCCACGCUAUGCUUUGCUAUUGGGGUUCAGCCGAGGGAUGAGCUCGCGCGGGAGGCGGGACUGGAGUGUGCCCCUCGAGGCGGGAUUGUGGUGGACGACGGGCUGAGGACGAGUGACCCGGAUGUCUACGCCAUUGGGGAGUGCGCGAGCUGGCAGGGGCAGAUGUUUGGGCUGAUUGGGCCGGGCGUGGAGAUGGCGGAUGUGCUGGCGUUUAAUCUCACGCAGGCUAAGUUGCACCAGCCGAGGGUGUAUAAGCAGCCGGACUUGAGCACGAAACUGAAGUUGCUGGGCGUUGAGGUGGCCAGCUUCGGGGACUACUUUGCGGAUAUCCAUGGACCGAAGCAGCUCCCAGCCAAGGCUGCCCGAAAGAAACCCGGCGAUGUCUCGUCUGUCAAAGCACUCACCUACCGCGACCCGUUCCAGAACGUGUACAAAAAGUACAUCUUCACCACGGACGGCAAGUACCUCCUGGGCGGGAUGAUGAUCGGCGACACCAAAGACUACGUCAAGCUAGUCCCCCUAGUCAAGAACCAAAAGCCCCUCGACAUCCCCCCAAGCGAGCUCAUCUUAGGCGCAAAAAAAGACGGCGACGACGGAGCCGACGACCUGGACGACGACACGCAAAUCUGCAGCUGCCACAACGUCACAAAGGGGGACAUGGUGCGCGUCAUCAAAGACGGCACCUGCAAGUCCCUCGGCGACAUCAAGUCGUGCACCAAAGCCGGCACGGGCUGCGGCGGAUGCGUGCCCCUGAUGACCUCCAUCUUCAACCACACCAUGGCCGCCCUCGGCAACGAAGUGCAAAAUCACCUCUGCCCUCACUUCCGCCACUCCCGCGCCGAGCUGUAUCACAUCAUCAGCGUCAAACGCCUCACCACCUUGUCCCAGGUCAUGCGCGCCGCGGGAGUUGACCCGAAUAGCCACGGUUGCGAGGUGUGUAAGCCGUGUCUGGGUAGCAUCUUUGCUAGUUUAUGGAACGAGCAUGUGAUGAGUGCCUCCCAGCACGGCCUGCAGGACACCAACGACCAGUUCCUGGGUAACAUCCAGCGUAACGGCACCUACAGCGUGGUCCCGCGCAUGGCGGCCGGGGAAAUCACCCCGGACAAGUUACUAGCCAUCGCGCAGGUAGCCAAGGACUACAACCUGUACACCAAGAUCACAGGCGGGCAGCGGAUCGACAUGUUUGGGGCGAAAAAGCAGGAUUUGUUGGCGAUUUGGGGUAGGUUGGUGGAUGCGGGCAUGGAGAGUGGACAUGCGUAUGCGAAGGCGCUGAGGACGGUCAAGAGCUGUGUCGGCACGACAUGGUGUCGGUAUGGAGUUGGGGAUAGCGUGGGCAUGGCGGUGGUGUUGGAGGAGAGGUAUAAGAGUAUUAGGGCGCCGCAUAAGAUUAAAGGGGGGGUUAGUGGGUGUGUGAGGGAGUGUGCUGAGGCGCAGAGUAAGGACUUCGGCCUCAUCGCCACAGACAAAGGCUUCAACAUCUUCGUGGCCGGCAACGGCGGCGCCAACCCCCGGCACGCCUCGCUCCUCGCCAAAGACGUCCCCCCGACCGAAGUCAUCCCCAUCCUCGACCGCUACCUCAUGUUCUACAUCCGCACCGCCGACAAGCUCCAGCGCACCGCCCGCUGGAUAGAGGCCCUCCCCGGCGGUUUGGACUAUCUCAAGCGCGUGGUUCUCGACGACGCUUUGGGGAUCAACGCCGCGCUGGAGGCGCAGAUGCAGGAGUUGGUGGGCAGUUAUUUUGAUGAGUGGGCCGAGGCGAUUAAUACCCCCGAGAUUGCGGCACGGUUUCGGCAGUUUGCGAAUACGGAGGAGACGGUCGAGGGGAUGGAGCUGGAGAGGGAACGCGGGCAGAUGAGGCCGGUUAUGUGGCCGAAGGACACUCCUUCUUCUUCGUCGUCCGCAUCUUCCACGUCUGCCCCUUCAUCACCGCGAUCCUCAUCCGCCUCUUUAUCCCCAUCCUCCUCCACCACCUCGUUAUCAUCAACCCUCUCCUCCCCCUCCCAACUCUCCAAGAAAACAACAGACUUUGCCCCCCUCACAAAAACCUGGUCCACCACCUCCUGGCAACCCCUGCUACCCGCGUCUUACUUUGCCGGCGCGGAUGACCUUCCCAACGGGAUCAGCGCGGCGGUGAAGCGUGGGGACACCCAGCUGGCGGUGUGGCGGUUUAGGGGGAGGUACUAUGCCACGCAGCAGAUGUGUCCGUUUAAGAGGGCGUUUGUGUUGGCUGAUUCGUUGGUGGGGGAUGUGCCUUUGGUGUCUGGGUCUGGAUCUUCUUCUAGGGCUGAGUCUCCAUCUGGGACUGGAUCUGGCUCUGGCUCUGAGUCCGCGUCUACGCCAGAACCCACAGAGCCAAGCCCAGGAAUAAGCGAUGAACACUCCCCCUACAUCUCCUCCCCGCAACAUAAAAAAUCCUAUUCCCUUCUCACAGGCCACUGUCUCAACGACCCAUCCCUCUCUAUCGCCAUCUUUGAGGUGGAAGAACGUCCUGCCCCUACUUCUGCUUCCACUGCCUCAGAAGAAGGGGGGAACGAGGGGGCUAUGGUAUACAUCAAACUCCCCCCCGUUGACGAACUUGACGAGGCGCUGGGCACGAAGCGGUGGAUGGUACGGAAGGGGGAGGCCGGGCCGGGGUUGUUUGAGGAGGUUGAUUCGCGGGGGGGAAGCCUUAGUGCUGUUGGGAAGAAGGGGAGGAGGGUUGUUGCAGGGAGGAGGAUGUCUGGGGGAGUAGGAGAGGGCGAGGAGAGAGGGAAUAGGGCUGGGGCUGGGGCUGGGGCUGGGGGGCUGGAGUGGUGA